CUGGAACCCCGACUGGGCAGGUCCGAGAGCGACGCUUAGAGAGGGACGUACGCGAAAACCACCGACGAGAAACGAGGAUCGACGAAGCACGCAGAAGGGAGGGUGGGACAUAGCGGGUCCUUUGCGCUGGCGUCAGUUAUUCGGCUUGCCGCUUGGUUGUCGGGUGUAGUGCGAUCUUACUUCCGAGGACUACGGGCCGUUGACACGUGAAAUUUACAAACGAACUUUGAUAAACAAAUUGAUUCGUGUAUCGUUUCGUUUAGAAUAAAAGAAAGGACCCGACACACCUAGUGCCAGACCGCGUAAUCCUGUCCCCUUUGAUGCCAAUAUUUGGACACUCGCAUUAUUUGGAUUAAGAUAAUGCAAUAAUGUUUUGGCAAAGAAUCUACCUUGCUCUGGGACUGUUCGGUGUCCAGUUGCUCCUGACGAACGCAGACAACGGCGUGCACAUUUUGUCAAAGUACCAUCAACUGAUCACCUCGACUACCCUCAACUGGCUGCCGCGUGCGCACUAUGAUUCGUCGAGGGAAAUAGUCGUCGGUGGCUUCGAGUCAGUGGACUCGGAGGACGAGUCGUACAACAAAGCGUUGUACGUGUGCCGUGUGCUGCACACCACCGUUUGGGUGGCUGGAAGCCAGAGAGGCGACGAGAAACGAUGCACCGUCACGAUUCACGGGAACGUGCAGUCGUACGACAAAUACGAAUUGUUGGAGAACGUCGACAAUGCCGCCCGCGUCAACUGGGAACACUGGGACAAAUACAAGCCGACUCCCAUAGGAGCCGUUGCUACGGAAAAGAUGUUCGUGGCGCGCCACGUGGUUCACAAUGACGAGGAGACGGGCAUCGCGCCGAGGUACACCCAUUAUAUCGGAACCUUGAAUUCAAACGACAAUCUUGGGACCAUCAGCUACGUGAGAGACGAUGGUACCGAGGCAACCGUAAAAUACGGCGACGUUCUCGUCGAAACUGAACCGAUAUACUACGAUUUGACGAGAGUAAAAUUAACCUGGCCUAAGAAGCGCGUGAUUAAACGCAUCCCCCAUAUACUCGGGGAGGCGACGAUUUCCAAUAACGGACCGGAAGCUGCGAACAUGGGCCAAGCUUUUGGAUACACGUAUGAAUAUUCCGCAUACUGGGGACAAGGGCACGCUAUCUUGAAAGGCCUAAAUACAUCUAUUACAUUGACGAAUGGAACAGUCCUACCGAAAAUAGUUUGGGGCUUGAUGGAGACAAAUAAUCGCACCGAUGUAUACACGGUGGAGGUAUUCCUGGAACCUGGUACGGGAAUCAAUGUUACUCUGAAAGCCAAUUACACCGACAUGGACGUACCCUACUCUGGAACAUUAAUUUCCCAUUACGAGGACGGCGAAACGAAAUCCCGCGUGAUCAACGGGAUUCGUCGAGAAGAAACUAUGUUCGACGUGAAACCAGAAUUCGGACCUAUUUACUUUUUAAGCAAUUAUAGUUUAGUUCCUACCACUACCGUACCGCCCACUACCCCAGUACCGAUUACCACUCCGAUGUCUCAAGACUUGAGCAAGGACUCGCCUAGACGAUACAUGGAUAACGAGGAUCACGACGAGAACAUGAUAAUACCUCCGAAGAAGUCAGACAUGUCUAAUAUGCAAAGCGACGACGGUGGACCGUUGUCGCUUAAAAACAAGGUAGACGUUUCGCACUCCGGAACGUGUUUACACAGAUUAAACAUGAUACUUAUACCGUUAUUAACGAUUAUCGUCCAUAGAAACACGUGAAAAUACGACUAAAAAGAUCCUAAAUCCUAAGUUGCAAUAGUAAUAUAUUCGUAGAACAAUAUUGAAGAAAAAUUACGAAAAAAAAAGAAAAAAAAAAAUGAAAUGAAAACGAGAUGUUGCUGUAAUUUCGUACAUAGUAAUUAUGGCACGAAAUAAAGCUCCUUGGUUAAAUCGCUGAUUGUCAGGCUGUGAAAUCAGCACUGACAUAUGCUUGCCUUUCGAGAAAACUUGAUAUUUAAUAUAUAUAUAUAUAUGUAUAUAUACAUAAAAAUAUAUAUAUAUAUACACGUUUAGGAUAGCAAAGAAAUACCUUAAUAAUGAGCUAGUCUCAUGACAAUGUUGAGUACAAGCGAUUGCAGCCAAUGUAAAUGUUAACAGAAGAAUUGUUAACAUUACCUCUAUUGUUGAAUAACUGAAUGUAACUAUAUCACAUUCCGUCUUUACUAAUUCUGCUGUGAACGGUUUUUCCAGCUAACUAUUUUAUGCCUUCGCAAAGUGUAAUUCUAGAUCUUCUAGAAGACUUUAAAAGCUUGAAAAUGAUGAUAUCUUCUUUGAGAAACGUAUUCAAAGAGAGUUAUAAUUACUGCAGGUAUUAUCUCGGGCAAAUAGCUUAUAAUGAAAGCGAAAAUGAAAAUGAAGGAUAAAGAUGUGCGAGUUGAUGCAGCUAUGAUAUAUUUUUGAGAUUGCAGUAUAAUUUUAGAAAAUUGUAAGAUUUAUAAAGGUGUAGCAAGUAAGAAUACGUAGAGUACAGGUGGAUGGGUACAAGUAUUUUUCAAAACUAUUUUAAUAUCAUUUAUGCGAACCGAUGUAAAUUUUUGAUAGGAUUUGCCAUGUAGUAAUAAUAAUAAUAGUAAAAACAGAACAGUCUCAAGUAUAAGCCACAUUCCUAAACUACUGAAAGUAGUUUGUUUUCAAUUAAGUACAGUGUUUUUUUGUGUACCCAUCUGUCUCCCAUGUAAAGUGAUAGGGCUUGCAGAUUCCUAGAAGAUUAUUAAUAACGAAAUUAUAACGGCAAAGGAAUGCAGUAUUUUAAUUUGUAUAGAUAUGUUAAUAAUUUGUAAGGUACAUUUCUUUGAUAGGUGAAAGAGAAAUAUGGACUUAUUUAAUUCUGUCUAAUUUAAACGAUUUUAGUUAAAAGCAUAACUAAGAAAAUAUUUUCGUAUAUUCUUGUAUUUCUGAUCAUUUUUACUUCAACUAUUGGUAUGUAUAUAACAUGUUUCUACAUUCUAACUAGGAGUAAUUAUUGUAAACUUAUUUAAUCGUUUAUAGUUUUUCCUAACGAUGGUAAUAACAUUAUAUAAUUAUCAUAUUUUAAUAUAUCGUAGUAUCAAUAGAAGUAAUAUAAAACAUUCAUUUUGAACACAAACAGAUGUCCAUGAGUUUCUAACAACAUUUAUCAAAGUAAGCCUAAUCACAACAUUGUGAUAUUCAGUAAAAUUUUACGUAGACAUAAAAGAAUAUGACGUAUUCUGUUAAAUAAUUUGUUAAUUAUCAUAAAAAGCAAUAAUUUGUUGCGAGAUUGGGACAUGCGAGUUUUAGAAUGUUGUGUGUUUAAAUGAAACAGAAGCAAACGUAGGUAGAAGAUGCAAGAUACGAUAUGAUGUUUAAUAUUGUGAGCAAUAUUUUCUCAUUGUGAAUAAAGUGAUGUGAUGGACGUGGCCCAAAAUAAUUGAAUAGUAAGUUUCCAGGAUAAAAUUACGAAAAAAACGAAGGAAGAUGCAGAAAAAUCUAUAUUUGGAAAGUAAUAAUUACUGCUUAUCUUUUAGUUGCUUCUUCAUUCUCCUGUAUACCUUCGAGAAGAUAUUAAUAAAUACUACAAUGCAAACAAGUGAAUUUAGUAAUGCCAAGGACUAUUCAUAGCUUCUACUACUGUCUGCAUCGGGAAAAAAUAUAUUAUUUGUGAAGAAUCUACUAUGCUGUACAUUAUCGUGUAAAUAUAAGUGCUAUAUAUAUAUACAUGUAAAAAUGUAUUCAAUCUUCAAUAAUUUAUGAAUUCAUGAUAUAA